AGAAUCAAGGAAAUAUUGUCCGCCAUUACCUCCGACAAAAGUAUCAAGUCGGACAUAGACGCUAUGUAAAUUUUAAAAACAAUUUGAAAGAAUGGUGAAGACCUGUGCUUAUGGAAAGUGCAACAGUGAUACCAGGUAUCCCGAGAGGAUACAAGGGGUUCGUUUUAUUCCCUUUCCAAAGCCCAAAACUCAGAAAGACAAGUGCUUGCGAUGGAUAAGGGCCUGCGGGAGACCUCAUUACCAACUCAACGAAAGCAGGAUAGAUCGUCAUACCUUUAUCUGCACAAAACAUUUCAUGGAUUCUAGUGGCCCAACGGGGGAAUAUCCAGAUCCAGUACCAUGCGAUGGUUCAGUUAUUAAAAAAAGCAGACGUCACUGGAGAGAGCGGAGCAGACAAAUCCAUGAACAUGAUGAACAACAGAAAACGUGUACUGAAACGUCCAUGGGCUUAAAUCAGGCCGCUGCAACAUCUGUGGGGUUACCAGUAAAUCAGGCUACUGAAGAUGAACUAAAUCCAAUUGAAAUUGAUUCAUCAUUACUUGCAGGAUCAUUAGAUUUACUGACUGCUGCAGCACAAGUACAAGAACUGCAAGAUAGCCUUAAAUCAACAGUUGAGACUCUCCAUCAGCAGAGAAUUUUAAAUUUUAAAUCAUCAUCUGCAGCUUCAAUUAUCCGCAACAUCUCAACACUGUACUGA